CUAUAAAAAUUACAGCUCCUGUAAAGAUUAUGUUAAACGUAAUUGCUAAGUACUUCAGACAGGUGUUUAAAAAACACUUUUGAAUGUUCCCCGAAACCUUUAAGAUGGUAUUAUCUUUAAUUGGCAAAGGAUUACAAGCAACGAGUGAUCAAAAACAAAUUUCUGCAAAGAAACAAUUACUUAUUUUUUUGGUAAUUGUAUUUACAUUAUGUGAUGUACCCACUGCUUUUCGAACCUUGAAGCGAGUUACAUAUACUCUUCAUUGCAUCGCAUCUCGUUUCAUCAAAUGGCCACAAGGAGAUACUGCCAUACAAGUAAUUGAACAAUUUAAAACAAAAUGUGGCUUUCCAAAUGUAAUGGGUGCUAUUGGAACGCAUAUUAAAAUCUGAGCACCAGUAAAAGAUGCUGCUUCGAACAUUAAUCGAAAAGGAUUUCCAUCUAUAAAUGUACAAGUUGUAUGUGAUUCUCGUGGCCUUUUCAUAUACUGUUACGCAGGACAAGUAGGCUCAGUACAUGAUGCUAGAUUCUUUAGAAAUUCUCCAGUGGCAUGUUUUUUGGACAUGCCAAAUGUUAAUUUUUCAAAUAACUCCCACAUUAUUAGCGAUGCUGCUUAUAGUAUUCAUCCUCAUGUGAUGGUACUAUUUAGAAACAACGGACAUCUUUCACUCAGGCAACAAAAUUUUAACUAUUGUCAUUCAGCUACCAGAAUGGAAAUAGAACGAGCUAUUAGGUUACUGAAAAUACGAUUCAGAAUUUUAUUGGAUUGUUUGCCUUUAACAGAUGUAAAGAAAAUACUGGAAUUCAUCAUUACAUGCUAUGUUCUACAUAAUAUUUGCAUUUUGAAAAAUGACGUAAUGCCAAUUGCAGUAUGCGUUGCAAAUGAGGAAAUCGGACCAAUUAAUUGUGGUGAUAUAGCUGUAAUGCGAAAUGAAAAAAGAAUAGCAAUUAUGAACACUUUACCGAUGAAAAUUGUAAAUUAA